CUGUUAGCCCAGAGCCCAUGGAGGUUGAGGGGGACUGGAACUCAUCAACCAUGAGGUCAUUUCCUGAGCCGAAAUCAAGAGUCGAUGCUCAACUGACUGAGCCACCCAGGCAUCCCAGUCUUUCCAGGUAAAAUAUGGCUAAAAGCUUACGGAGUAAGUGGAAAAGGAAGAUGCGUGCCGAAAAGAGAAAAAAGAAUGCCCCAAAGGAACUCAGCAGACUUAAAAGUAUUCUUAAAAUAGAUAGUGAUGUUUUAAUGAAAGAUGUUCAAGAGAUAGCAACUGUGGUGGCACCUAAACAUUGUCCAGAGAAAACUGAAUGUGUGGUACAAGAUGAAAAAGAUGACAUGAAGAUGGAGACUGAUAUUAAGAGAAACAAAAAGAGUCUUCUAGACCAGCAUGGACAAUACCCCAUAUGGAUGAACCAGAGACAAAGGAAAAGGCUGAAGGCAAAGCGAGAAAAAGGGAAGGGGAAAAGCAAAGCAAAAGCAGUAAAGGCAGCAAAGGGUUUGGCCUGGUAGACUCUUUAAAAAUUUGAAAAAUCCUACAUGGGACAGGUCUUCGAUUAGAAUGUAUACGUGGAUUUCAGCUUUCACCAAAUGAAAACUGUGUUUCCAGAUUUAACUUGGCCUUUCUCUUCAAACCCAGCUUAACUCCUCAAAUUUGUUUUGGGAGCUUGAUAAAAUAUUUUCUUUGAUAAAUGAAAGCGACACUGGUAUUUUAAUUGGAUGCUGUCCAAUGUGCAGGGGUUCUCAGACUUCAAAAUUCUAUUAAGUGUUACUGUGGUUGUAAUUGUUUGGUCUCCAUAAAGAUAAAAGAAGAUAUUAUACUGACACAUUUCAGCUAAUUCAGGUUUAAAGAAAACUUACACAACUAAAAAUAUGUCAGUGGAUCUUAUAAGCACUACUUGUUUAGAGUUUUGAUUUUGUU